AUGGUCGGGUGCAAUGGCUGCGAAUCAUGGUACCACAACCGUUGUGUGGGAAUUAUUGACGAGUCGAAGUUGGAUAAAAUAUGGUUCUGCACUUCUGAAUCUUGCAGAGCACUUGCCUUAAAAUACAGGAAAGAGAAGGAAGCCAAGAAAGGCAAGGGUAGUGGUAAGAAAAACCCCGAGGAUUCCGGCGUCAAAUCCGUCGAACAAAGGCUGAAAGAGAUGGAGGAAGAACAAAAACGGCUGGAGAAGGAAAUGGAAACGGAGGCGAUGCUGAAGAGAAAAGAAAGGGAGAUAAAGCGAGCUUUGGAACAGAAGCGACUGCUACUCGAGCAAAAACUUCGUGAGGAUGAGGAAGAAGAAGAAUAUGCUCUACAGGAACGCGUUCUACUUGAAAGAAGGUUGCAGGUUCAACGAAUGAGAGAACGGCAGGAAGUAUUCCUGAGCGAAAUGGCGAGUCUGAAAGACGAGAUUGAGACACUGAAAGCUACUGGAAAAAAAGUUAAACCGCUGCCUUCGGUCGAUCUGAUUGGAGGGGGUUCCGGCGAAAAACUGAAGGCACAAGUUUCGGAAAAGCAGAAAACACCGCUGCGCAAACCGAAAGCCCAAAAGUUGCCAAAGGGGAAUCAAGACAACCUGAACGACGACGAAAAUGACGAAGACGACAACGAUGACGAAUCCAGCAAUGAGGAAAACUUUAGCAAUGAAGAAAACUCCAGCAAUAAAGAAAACUCCUGCGAUGAAGAAAAAUCCAGCGAAAAACAAGACGACGAGAAUGGCAAAUUUGAAAAUGAAGAGAGGCAAAAAAAUCCAAAUCCGAAGAGAAAAAUUAACCGGAUGAGCCAACUAGCGGCGAGAAGCGGAGUUACUAAGAAACUGCCCAACUUCUCAGGAAAACUGGAGGAAUGGCCACUGUUUUACAGUUCGUACCAAGUCAUCGAGAAGCUACGUACUUUGUACGGUCAUCCGGAACUGCUUCUCCAAUGUCAACUGGAGAGAGAUCGAAAGUUAGAGCCACCGGAGGUGGGGAAGCUAGCGAGUUUCGUCCCGUUCGGUAUUGCGAUCGAAAACACUACUGAAGAAGCAAGAGGUGUCGUUCUGUUCCACGAGGUGGUCACCGCCGACAGAUGUUCCCGAUGGACAACGUUGCUGAGGGGAACGGAAUAUACCUUGCGUUUCAUAAACAACUGCAAGCUCAAGAAGAAGGGUUUGUCGAUCAUCACGACAAAGGCGACUGAAAAACAUCGGCUGCUGAUCAAUGCCCAGUAUACUUCGGUGCUACAACCUCUCAGUCAGGAAGAGCACCAGAAGGCCGAUACCGUUCUGUGGAAGCAAGCGCAAUAG